AUGCAGAGACAAUUAGAUAUAAAUUUCAAAAUUAAUUUUUUUACUGAUAAAUUUAUAUUUCAGACUGAUUCAAUACUAACAGUAAAAAAAGGUUAUUUUUUCCAUAAUGGUAGCUGUUUAGUACAAGAUUACUAUCCACAGGGAACUUUAUUGAAUCUCGUGAAUACUCUAAAGUUAUCCCCGUCGUUAUCAAUGGCUGACCUGGAACCGUUUGUGACCUAUAUAACUAUAGAGUUAUUACAUAUGAUACAUAACUUACAUCAGUGUCAGAUUAUACACGGUGAUAUUAAACCUGAUAACUUUCUCCUACAGAAUAUCCCUAACAUCACAGUUUCUCAUGAUAAAUUAAAAGUGUUUGAUAAAUACACCAAGGUAUUAAAGUUAAUAGAUUACGGCCAGGCUAUUGAUAUGACCCAGUUUCCUAAAGGAACAGUAUUUCUAGCUAAAGUUGAUACUGAUGGUUUUAAAUGUAUUGAAAUGAGAACAGAUCAGCCAUGGACAUACCAGACUGAUCUAUUUGGUGUAAUUGGUACAAUACAUGUGUUAAUAUUUGGUAAAUAUAUGAACGUCUAUCAGAGUAAAGGAAAAUGGCAUGCUGCUAGUUCUAUACACAGAAAAUGGAAUCAGAGGCUGUGGAAAGAAUUAUUUGAUACGCUGUUAAAUAUACCAAACUGUGAAGAGUUACCUAACUUGUCUGCACUACGACUCAAGUUUGAGGACUAUUUUAUGCGUGAUCUAGUUUCUAAAUAUAAUCAAGUAGCUGACUCGAUUCGUACAGAAAUGUUGUUAAAAUCUUAGUCUUUUUUAAGGUUGGGCGACAGUUUGCUUUACAAGGUUUUCUAUUCAUCACUUACUAAAAAAGGAAAAUCCGAGUAAACAGUGUGAGGUUGGUCCUUAGAAUAAGAAAGUUUUGAUAUGAAUAAGUCGGCACUCUGAGAUUUACAUUUACAGAGAGAAAUCUUCAGCCAAAAUUUUGUUAACUUUCUGGGAGAGUAGUGUUUAUAUUUUUAUCAACGUAAAAUCAUUUUAAGGUUUUUUGAAGCUGAUAUUCAUAUUUAAUUUACCUACCAAUGUUGGAAGAUAUUAGCAUGUGUAUAGAUGUAUAUAAGUUUGCUAUUUAACUGAAUUAUUAGAUGUAGCCAUUGUCCUUCAAAAACCAUUUUGAAACAAAAAAGUGAACAGCCAUUUUUGCCUAGGUUUAAUUUGAAUAUGAAUGAAUUAUGUAUCCAUAUUUCCUGGGUUUUUAUUAAUUGUCAUUCUACCUAUUUCUUUAUUUUCUUCUUCUCCUCUUUCUACAUGUAUAUUAUCAUGUUCUUUGACUGUUAUACGGGCGCUUGAUUGUUGAGUUCUGCACAUUCUUGUUACAUGGAAUCAACAGCAAGUUCAAUUAAACAAGUUUGAACAGAUUUCGAAUGCGCUCCAGUAGGUGUAAACAAAUUAAAAUUGUGGAGAGAGAAAUAGACGGGUAAAUUUUAUCCACUUCCAUACUGUUCCAUAGAAGACAGAUGGCAGACUACAAUCUCCAGCCCUGGCAUUUUGUGACAUGGUGUUUAUCAGGUUAGGUCAAAAGGUUCAAGAGGGCUGUCAUUAGACCCUAACUGAAGUAAUUGAAAAAAAAGAUGGAAUGAAAGAUUGGUCUAAUUUUAAUUAGACUGUACAGAACUCACCAAUCAAGUGGAAACCAUAAACUGUUACCUUUUAACUGUAAGUCUGUGUAUUGUUAAUAUAUUCUCCUUCAUCAAGGUCAGUAAUGUGAAUAAAGAAAUUUAAUUGUU